UGUAACUUGUAGGUUGUUGUGAUGUUAAUUCUUUUUAUAAUUUUAAUUAAAUUGUUUAUGAUAACUUCCAUGCGAAAGUUCUAGAUGUGUUUGCAAUGACCUCUCCUAACAAUAGCACAGUGGUUGACCAGGAGGAGGACAUACAUUUAUCUGAUGAAGAAGGUGGCAUACGAAUAGAUGGAAUUUAUAUUCCACCUCCACCAGUGCCCUACUGCAGUGUGGAAAAUAAGGGACCUCGAUUGAUCAUCACAAAAAUCACAAAUAACUUUUUCAAAAGUUAUGGCACCAAUAGGAUCUUGGGUCCAUUCCACAAGUGCUUCAAUUCAAUUGUUGGACCCAAUGGAAGUGGCAAGAGCAAUGUUAUUGAUUCUAUGUUAUUUGUGUUUGGCUAUAGGGCUACCAAAAUCAGGUCCAAGAAACUUUCAGUAUUGCUCCAUAAUUCAGUGAAAUAUCCCAACAUCACAUCUUGCACUGUAGCAGUUCACUUUGCAGAGAUCAUUGAUAAGGAAGGUGAUGAGUAUGAUGUAGUCCCAAACAGUGAGUUUAUUGUAGCAAGAACAGCAAAUAAGGAUAAUUCAUCUUUUUAUACAUUGAAUGGCAAAAAGACACUGUUCAAGGAAAUUGGGACUUUGCUAAAAAAACAUGGUAUAGACUUGGAUCAUGACAGGUUUUUGAUUUUACAGGGUGAAGUUGAGCAAAUAUCUUUGAUGGCUGCAAAAGGAACGGAUUCUGAACCAGGUAUGCUUGAAUAUCUGGAGGAUAUAAUUGGAACAUCCAGAUACAAGGUUCCACUCGCGCAAUUAAUAAAUAGAGUCGAAAGUUUAUCGGAACAACGGGUGGAGCGGUUGAACCGUUUGAAGCUUGUUGAAACCGAUUUGAAAAGCUUGGAGGGACCAAAGGAUCAGGCUGUGGCAUACCUGAAACUAGAAAACGAUAUAGUCGUUAAGAAGAACUUGUUGCUCCAGAAGAAUGUAUCGCUUUUCGCAGAGAACAUCAAGAAAUCUGAAGAGAAUAAAUUGGAAAUAGAUGUUGUUGUUGAAGAGAUAACGGAGAAGCUGAAUAAUAUAGCGUCUGAGAUCAAAUCCGUAACAAAUUCUCUCGAUAAGGUAGCAACGGACUAUGAAAAACUGAAGAACAAUAAAGAAAAAUUGAAAGAAGCAUUCGCCAUGGCGAACAACGAGGAUCUGAAACUGCAGGAGAACAUGCGUCUGGCUAAUAACAAGAGGAAAAAAUUGAAGCAGAAUUUGAUCGCAGAGGAGAGCCGGUUCGAAUCAUAUCAGAAAAACCCCGAAGACGUCGAGAAAGAAGUCAAAGUUUGCGAGGAAAUGGCCGAAAAGAUGUCCCAGAAAAAGGAAAAGUUGCAAGCGGAUCGCGUUGAGAUGCUGAAAAGUCUGGUCGAUGCCACUAAAGAGUUGCAGGAGAAGAAAAAAGACAUGGAAAACGAUUUGGCAGAAUUAAAGAAAAGUCUCAAUGCACUCAAUACUACAUAUACUGUUUCCGCAUCUGAAUUGAAUCUGUAUGUGAGAGAUCAAGAGAGUGAGAGCAAAAAAUUGCAGAAUAUUAAGCAGAGUUAUGAAUCGGUUGAGAGUAAAAUACAGCAAUACUCGGCGGAAAUAGAGAAACUUAAGAAGAUGUUGCCAGAGAACGAAGCGAAUCUUAGUAAAGCCAAUAAAGAGUUGCAAGCAAUUAAAGUUGACGAAGGGAAUGUGAUCAGGGACGUGAAUAAGAAACGAUCUAUGUUGGAGGAAAAAAAGUCUGCGAUGCAAGCGACUAGAUCCAGAGGACGCGUUUUGGAUGCUUUGAUGAGACAGAAAAUCGAAGGAAAUUGUCCUGGACUCUUCGGUCGAUUGGGUGAUUUAGGAGCAAUUGAUGGGAAAUACGAUGUGGCAGUGUCCACGGCUUGUGGACCUUUGGAUAGUAUAGUCGUCGAUACAGUGGAGACCGGUCAAUGGUGCAUUGAGUUUUUGAAGAAACAUGAUAUAGGCAGGGUUACCAUUAUCGUAUUAGAAAAACAAGAGCAUUUGAGAAGACAUUACCAAACCCCUCUACAAACACCAGAAAAUGUGCCAAGGUUGUUUGACCUAAUUCGCGUAGAAGAUGAAAGGAUUAAACCUGCGUUUUACUAUGCGGUGAGAAAUACUCUUGUAGCCAAAGAUUUAGAUCAGGGAUCCAGAAUUGCGUAUGGUGCUCAACGUUUCAGGGUAGUAACACUUGGUGGAGAUUUAAUUGAAUUGACCGGUACAAUGAGCGGUGGUGGUAGACAAGUUAGCCGUGGCAGAAUGGGUCAAUCUGUGGCCGUGUCCAACAUUGAUCCAAAGGAAUUGGAAAGCAUUGAGGAUGAAGUAAACGAACUUCAACAUAAGUUGCGGCAGAUACAGCAGAAACAACCGAUCCUGGAAAACACAGUCAGCGAUUUGAGUUCGCAAAUCAAUCAGAUGAAUAUUUCUUACCAAAAAUUCAACAUGCAAUUAACUUCUUUGAAAAGGGAAAAACACUUGUUGACCGACCAAUUGCAAAAUCAAGAGAAAACUGCGGCGAAAACCAAAGCCGAUCCUUUGAAAGUCAAAGAAAUGACGAGUCUGGUUGAGGAAAAGAAGGCUGCGUAUGAGGAAUCUUUAGAUGCAGUGAACUCUCUUCAAACAGAAGUUACCGAAAUUAAUGAUGAAAUUAAUCGACGUACUCAAGGCAAAGUAGAAGUGAUCGAUAAGAAUAUUAAAGAGACGACGAAAUCCAUUGAGAAGUUCAAGACAGAAAUAACGAAGUUACGAGUCGGAUUAACCACUGCCGAAAGGAAUUCUCAAAAGUCUGCCAAAUUAAUAGAAACCAUGAAACAAGAUAUUACGAACGAGGAAAAUUCGAUGAAAUCCAUGAAAGUUAAGAGAGAGGAAAUCGAGGAAGACGCAAAGAAGUUGCUCAAGUGUCUCGAAGAAGUCAACGUAGAUUUGAGUAGUGGAGAGGAAGAUUUUUCAGAAUAUAAAGCUAAAAUUUCUGAACUGACCAAGACGGAAAAUAAAAUAAAAGGCGAAAAGAUAGAGAUAGAUCAGAAGUUGAAGGAUGUGACGGAAAAGUUGGAGGAUAGCAGAGGAAAAGUGAAUGUUUUGAAAUCGAAAAUUAAGCAAUUACGGUUGCAAUCGAUUCCAGAUGAAACUAUUGGGGAGCUGAAAACGUACAGUGAGGAGGAACUGGAAGAGAUCGAGUUGAACACGAUACAAAGACAGUUAAAUGUAUACGAGGAUGAGUACAAGAAAGCCAAUCCCAAUCUGGAAGCUAUUGUCGAGUACAAGAACAAGCAGACUGUCUUCAUUAAAAGGACGGAGGCGCUGCUGGAGAUCACCGAACAGAGGAAUAAAGUACGCGGUUACCACAACGAUUUACACGCGCGCAGGAAGCAGGAAUUCGUGACGGGCUAUAACAUCAUUAAGAUGAAGGUGAAAGAGAUGUACCAGAUGAUCACGAUGGGCGGGGAUGCGGACUUUGAGAUGCUCGAUACCUACGAUCCCUUCAACGAAGGCAUUCAAUUCAGGGUGAGACCUCCGAAGAAAACGUGGAAAUUGAUAACGAACUUGUCGGGCGGCGAGAAAACCCUAUCCUCGUUGGCUCUGGUUUUCGCUUUGCAUUACUACAAACCAUCACCGCUGUACGUGAUGGAUGAAAUCGAUGCAGCAUUGGACUUCAAAAACGUGUCGAUUGUAGCGAACUACAUCAAGGAGCGCACUAAAAACGCCCAGUUCAUAAUCAUCUCGCUAAGGGCGAACAUGUUCGAACUAUCCGACCGCAUGAUUGGAAUCUACAAGAUCUUCAACAUCACCAAUUCCGUGGCUCUGAAUCCAAAGAGCUUCGACCAAAACCGUACUGCACAUUCGGAAGAAACGAACGACCAAAACGACGUUGUACUUCAGAACGAAGUUGUACAGAACGGCAGUUUAUUAAAUACGUCCGUAACAGCAACAGCAGCCAAUUCCUAAAUUGUUUUCAGAUUUUAUUCUCCAAAUAUUUUUUUUUUCUUUUUAAUAUUUUA